AUGACAAGAGGCAGCACGACAACUAGCAGCGUAAGCACCAGCUCUACGACUGGCAGCUCGUCCACACCCACCAGUGUGACAAGCUCCAGUUCUACAGCGAGGAGCUAUUCCUCAACUGCAACGGUUUCUACGAGCAUAAGCUCUACGAGGUCCACCCAGAGUUCGGACACCAGCACCAGCUGGACGAACAGCCAAAGAUCAACUUCUACAGGUGUCAAUCUCACAACUUCCAGCACCAGCAGCAUCGGAGGUGCCAUCAUUGCGAGCGAAAGUGUGCUAGACUUUGAAGCGGGUCAGAAAAGCUUGGCUCAGAGAGUCUUGGAAGACUUGGAGUCCUCCGGGCGUGACGUGUCGAUCCAAACUGAAGAGCUGGACGGCACGGCGGUGCUUGCAGUGGCCAUGCAGGUGUCAGAGAACACCACCGACGAGCCAGCGGUCUUCUCGCUCGACGGCGUCACAGUGGCGGUGCAGCUCUCCAGUCUGGCGCCUCAGCUGGGCGGAGCGGCCUCCUGGACGGUGGCACGGCUGGGCGAAGCCUCCAAGACCGUGCUGGCGCUGCAGGCGAUCGACACAGAGGUGCAGCUCGCUGAUCGGCCUGUCAGUAUUGUGCUUUUGACGGCCAACGGCAGCGAAUGGUCGGGGACUUUGGCGGAACCUUUGGAGAUUUCAAUUCCAGUGAACCUCACGGAGCUUCGAGAAGAUCAAGUUGGCGAGUGUGCCUUCUGGGACGUGGCUGCUGACCGCUGGUCCACGGAAGGUGUCCAGACCCUUGCGCUGCCCAAUGCAUCGGGCGGAGUGGCAAAGUGCGCCACCACGCAUUUGUCGAUGUUUGGCUUCCUGGUGAGGACAGUGACCAUGGUUUUUGUGUGCUCUGCCGCUGCUACGAUUUUCUCUUUGGAAGGCCUUGAGAAUCUCCUCCGCGGUGGACGCUGGGCUGGAUCCUUGCCAGCGCUGUUGCAUUGGAUUGUGCUGUUCUUGGCGGCCGUCUUGCUGUUCCAGUCUUGGAGGUAUGACAAGAAGCACGAGCGGUACUUAGCCGAGCUGAAACGUGCGGCAGAAGCCUGCAGUUUGCGAAAGAAGCAGAUGCUGCGGAGACGCAGCAGUUCGCAGCAACUCAAGCAAUUGCUGCCAGAAGAGAUGCGAGCUUUGAAGCUGCCAGAAGCUAGACGUUUCACCAAGCACAUCUAUUCGACGGUUGUUCGCCAGGAGACUGGCCAGACCCUUUCAGCCUUGGAAGGGCUCCACACCGUGGUGGGCGUGGUGGAUGCGCAUGAGAAAGCGCAUGACUGUGUGCUCCGUUUCAGCCAGAGUAGCCUCAUCCGCAAGGCACAAGUCCUUUACAUGGCCAACAACGCUUGGGCCAAAUUCACGGAGCCCUCGCCAGCUCACUCCUGUGUGUUUCGCUGCUUGUUGCAUUUUGCUUUGAUCUACAGCAAGUGGGCAGUCGCAGCCGUGUUCUUCAACUCCACGGCAUUGGCUCCGGACCCCAACUGCGAGGUCUUUGAGAAUCUGGCGGAGGCCUUGAUCCGAUCUGUGGUGGUCUCAAGCUUCUCCACACUGCUGGGUGUCAUCCCCUUUGUGCUGCUGCUGGUACUCAACCAGUGCCCCAAAGGCUGUGGCCGUGCAGUGAAUUUGAUGAGUUUUGGGUACGUAGGGCUCUAUUCUUUCACUUGCAUCAUGGUGGUGAGCAUCUUCCUGGCUUCAGUGACGCAGACGGAUGCUGCAAAGUGGCUCAUGACCGGGUUGGUGGGCUUUUGCUCCUCCUUGCUCCUGAUGCCCGUCUUGUUGAUGCUCAUCGGCCUCCUCCUGUUACACCUCCAUCAACCAGAUCCUGAUGACUUGUGCACCUGGCGUCGCUCUGUGGGCCCCCUUUGGCCCAUCAUCUCCAUCAGCUUCGCUGAAGAACGACUCCGCGUGCCACACCUCCUGGUGUCCUGCGUCCCUGAGGGCGGCACUGCCAUACCCCUGGAGUCGAGGGACGCCACGUCCGCGACGACAGACUUCGCCGUUGACUCCACCCGUCCCCUGUUUCUGCAGCCGAAGCAGCGGCUGCGGAUCACGGUGCUCUGCGAGAUCGAGGGCGAAGCGGUGGAGCUCGGGUUUGCCUGGUUGGAGUCCAAGGAUUGGACCAAGGGCUUCAUGGGAGAGCUGCAGCUGAGCAACUCAACGGCCGUGCAGCGAGAGCUCCCAGUGCUUAGCCUCGAGCUUCCCGCGCCCAUGCCCAGCGCACGAGAGUUGGACCGGAGAGGGCAGGAGCAGACGGAAAUCCAAGUUGAAGAUGGAAAUCCUUCCGAGAUCGCCAAAGAUGACGUGUCUGAAGUUUUUUGUGAGGAAAGCCUUUGA